UGUAGUUGUAUGAUAUUAAAAUGGCUUGCUUGUAACUGUUUGUUGUAUUUGUUUUAAUUUGAUCAAAAUUUCAAUACAUUAGUUAAUAAUCUUUGCAUUCACAAAUAAAAUGGCUAACGAAGAUCAUUCGUGGCGUACCCAUGGGUUUCGUCAAAGUGUGGUGGCCAAAAUAGAUGAAGCAAUUCAGCAAUCUGGAAUGCCUACGUCAAAAAAUAGUGCUGAAAUGGAAAAUCAUGUGUUUCAAAAAGCUAAGUCGAGAGAAGAAUAUUUAGGAUAUGUAGCAAGAUUAAUUCUACAUGUUAGGGAAAUGAAUUCUAAAAAAUCUGGCAUGGCUGGUGGCCCAAAUCAAGGCGGACAAGGUAUGCCUGAUCCAAUCAAUGCUCUUCAAAAUUUGGCCAGUCAAGGUUCAAGAGCAAAUCAAAUGCUCAUGAACACAAAUAUGGGUAAUCCAAUGGGUCAGCAAGUAAAUAUGGUGCCACAGAAUGCAAAUAAUCAGAUGAAUACAGCAACAAAUUUACUACAAAACCUGAAUCAAAGGCCUAACCAAAAUCAAAUGCAAAAUAUUCAAAAUAAAAUGCCAGGUCCAGGAAACAACCAAAUGAUGGGCAAUGUUCCGAUGCAAAUGGGUAAUGCAGGAAUGCAAAUGUCUAAUAUGAAUAAUAUGGCAAUGUCGGGCCAAAAUCAAGCUAUGGCAAAUAUUCAGUUACAAAAUCAAAUGCAGCAAGCUCAAAUGGGAAAUCAAUUAGGUGGUCCAAUGAUGAACCAAAUGACAGGUCAAAUGAAUAAUGCUAAUAAUAUGCAAGGUGGUUUAAUAUCAAACAUGAAUCAAGCUAAUCAAAUGGGUCAGAUGAGUAACGCUAACAAUACAAAUAUUAACACAAGUAUGUCGGGUCCAAAUGUCGUACAAUCCACUCUUGGCGCCACCAGCAAUAUUGCAACAAGUAAUAUGGGUAUGAAUCAAAUGGGUCAGGGCAUGGGUCAGGGUAAUGUUGCUGUUUCAACAAUGGCUGGUACCAAUAUGGGACCAGGAAAUAUGACUAAUCAAACAAUGGGCAUGGGAUCUAUGAAUCCAAAUAUGCUCCAAACUUUAGGUGGAAAUCACAUGGGUCCUAAUAAUAUGGGUCCAAAUUCAAUGGGUCCAAAUUCAAUGGGUCCUAAUGCUAUGGGACCAAAUGCAAUGGGUCCUAAUACAAUGGCACCCAACACCAUGGGUGCAAAUAAUAUGGGGCACAAUAACAUGGGACCAGGGAAUAUGGUUACGGGACCCAUGGGCAAUAUGCAGCAGCAAAUUAUGGGUCAACACAUGCCCCGAAAACCAGGAGAUGCUAUGAUGAUGAAUAAUGCCAUGUUUCAAGGACCUAGACAAAUGCCUCCGAAUCAGUUUUUGCAUCAGAGCCCAAGCCCAUCUGCACCAAGUCCUGCUGGUGUUGGAUCUUCUGGAAAUCAAAUGGUUGCUUCUCCAGCAUUAGUUCCAUCACCAAGUCCGCAAAUGAGCCAUAUGCCACAACAAAGGUCAGUUGGUAUGGCACCAUCACCCAGUAGUUCUCUGAACACACCAGGUCAGGCGGUACCAACAGCUAGCCCGUUGGCGGUUCAGCAAGAAGAGCAAGCUUAUCGUGAAAAAGCUCGUCAGCUUAGUAAAUAUAUAGAACCUCUUAGACGAAUGAUAGCACGAAUAGGAAAUGAUGAUGUCGAAAAGUUAUCGAAGUUCAAAAAGUUGCUAGAAAUAUUGUCAAACCCUACACAAAGGAUACCACUCGAAACUUUAUUAAAGUGCGAAGUGGUUUUGGAAAAGAUGGAUUUGAAACGUAGCGAAGGCGGAGGUAGUGCACCCGCUAUUCAUCCUCAUCUCAGCUCUUUGAAAGAGCAUCAUAUCUUUAAUCCUCUUUUGGAAGCUGUAAGCAGCGUUUUGCAAAGUCCGACUGCAAAUCAUACUUUGUACAGAACUUUCGGACCAACGAUGUCUUCCCUUCUGGGUCCUGAGAUCAAAAAUACUCCUUCCUCAUUGAAAAGAUCAUUUCCUGAGGACGCACCGACUGAUAUUUCUGAUGUCCUUCAAGGUGAGAUCGCGAGACUAGAUCAGAGAUUCAAGGUUUCACUUGAUCCUACACAUCAGCCUGGCUCAAGAUCUAUCCAAUUAUUGUGCUGCUUAGAUGAUAAAUUUUUGCCAAGUGUACCUCCGGUAUCGCUUUAUGUGCCGGAAGAUUAUCCUCAAACUUCUCCUCAGCUCUCGAUGGCAGAGCACGAGUACGGAAUGACGGAGUUCCUAUCUACUGUUCAAAAAGCUCUUCAGACUAGAAUAACGAAAUUACCUAGAAGGUUUUCGAUUUCGCAGUUGUUAGACACGUGGGAGAUGAGUGUCAGACAAGCAUGCGCCCCAACUCAAGUUGCUCCAUCAACGGCUACUGUACUAUUGGGAUUGUAAAUUUAUA